AUGUCUGCGCGACAACCUGACCGAUCAGAUUCACAGCGAGACCGAUCCCGGUCGCCACCCUGGCGCGAGCAGAAGCAUCCCCGUGACGACAGAGAAUGGCGCGACCGACCAGACUCAAAUCGCAGAUGGGACAAUGAGAGAUCGGGUCCCUCGCAGCCUCGCAAUAUGCGCGAUCAAGUCCGGAUCAACAUGCUUCAAGAAGACCAGCAGGAGCGCGAGUGGGUCGCGCAGGAGGAUCUAUUCGUCUUGAAGCAGGCCAAGAAAAAAGCUGAGAUUCGCGUUAAAGAAGGACGCGCGAAGCCCAUCGAUUGGUUGACGGUCACGCUCCGUGUGAUUGAUCCCACGCGCGACCCUAUGGACGAUGAGAUUGCGGACAGUGACCUCGAUGUCGUGGACCCGGAUGGUGUGUUCGAGGGCUUGUCGCAAACUCAACUACGGGACUUGGAAAAGGAUAUUGAUACUUUUGUGAACCUGGAAACGAAUCCGCAGAACCGUGACUUUUGGCAGACCAUGAAAGUUAUCUGCCGAGACCGCCAAAAGACUGCAACUCCGGAAGGCCGUGCGCUGAGCUCCGUCGCUGCCGAUAUCAACAAACUCCUCAGACCGAAAUCAUACGAGCAGCUCCAGAAGCUCGAAGUACAAGUAAAACGGAAAUUGAACUCGAACGAGCCAAUCGAUACAGACUACUGGGAAGAAUUACUACGCAGUCUGACCGUUUGGAAGGCCAGGGCACGAUUGAGAAAUGUAUAUCAGGAUAUCAUUGACGAGCGCGUCCGCGAAUUGAGGAAACAGCAAAGGGAUGAGGCGGAAUCGAUUCGAGCCAAGCUGGCGCCGCUCGCUCCAACCAUCGAUGGGAAUACAGCCAAUCCGGCGGAAUUUGUAGGCCUCGACCCGGAUCCGUUGUUCCAAGUUCGCGCAGAAGACAAGGGGUUGGAAAUUAUGGACGAGUCGGCGUUUCUUGAUCAUGUGGCGCGUGAACGCCAGAAAAUCCUUCGCAUGGGCUUUGUCCCACUGCGACAGCGAACGGCAGAAAAGUCUUCUGCGGUUGUCUCAAACCCUUCAUCUACAAAUGCUGCUGCUUCCGCUUCCACAUCUACACGGUUCUCUUCGAUUCCGAAUGAAGACUUCUCGCAAGCCACUAAAGCCCUUUAUGAGAGAGAACUUGCCAAGGGUGUUAGUGAGAAUGAGGAGAUCUUUACCGGCGAAGAGGCCGUCAGCACGAGCUCACGUCCGCAGUGGGAGGGCAAGCACCGGCCUCGCAAACCACGAUACUUCAACCGAGUUCAAAUGGGGUACGAAUGGAACAAAUACAACCAAACUCACUAUGAUCAUGACAACCCGCCACCCAAGGUUGUACAAGGUUACAAGUUCAACAUCUUUUACCCCGAUUUGAUCGACAAAACCAAAGGCCCGACUUACCGGAUUGAGCGUGAGAACGGUCGUAAGCGAGGUGAGUCGUCCGCCGAGGCAGGCGAGGAAGACACUUGUCUUAUCCGAUUCAUGGCUGGACCCCCGUAUGAGGAUCUCGCCUUCCGGAUUGUCGACAAGGAGUGGGACUAUAGUGCUAAACGUGAGAGGGGUUUCAAGAGUACAUUUGACAAGGGAAUUCUUCAGCUUCAUUUCCAAUUCAAGAGGAUCUAUUAUCGGAAGUAA